AUGAAAGAGGCGAAGGAGAGGAUCCACACUGGGGAGAAGCCCUACGAGUGUGGGGAGUGUGGGAGGAGCUUCAGCAUGAGCUCCCACCUUAUCAGCCACCAGAGUAUCCACACUGGAGAAAGGCCGUACAAGUGUUCCGAGUGUGGGAUGUGCUUCAGCCGGAGCUCCAUCCUGAUCACGCACAAGAGGACCCACACUGGGGAGAGGCCCUACGAGUGUUCCAAGUGUGGGAAGGGGUUUCUGACCAGCUCCGAUCUCCUCCGGCACUAUCUGAGUCACAGAGAGGAGAGGUCCUUCCAAUGCCCCGACUGCGGGAAGGGAUUCAAGCACAACUCCACCCUCAUCAGGCACCGGUGCAUCCACACUGGGGAGAGGCCCUACGAGUGUGAUAAAUGCAGGAAGAGGUUUCAGAACAGCUCCUAUCUCCUCCAGCACUAUUGGAUUCACACAGAGGAGAGGCCCUUCCGCUGCCCCGACUGCGGGAAGGGAUUCAAGCAGAACUCCCACCUCAUCACUCACCGGCGCCUCCACACUGGGGAGAGGCCCUACGAGUGUCCCCAGUGUGGGAAGACCUUCUCACAGAGCUCUCACUUGACCCAACACCAACGGAUCCAUGAUGGGGAGAAACACCACACAUGUGGGGAGUGUAGGAAGUGCUUCAGGUGGAAAGGCGACCUGAUCAGGCACCAGAGGAUCCACACUGGGGAACGGCCCUAUGAGUGUGGGGAGUGUGGGAAGAGCUUCAGCCAGAGCUCCAACCUGAACCAGCACCAGAGGAUCCACACUGGAGAAAGGCCGUACAAGUGUUCCGAGUGUGGGAUGUGCUUCAGCCGGAGCUCCAGCCUGAUCACGCACAAGAGGACCCACACUGGGGAGAGGCCCUAUGAGUGUUCCAAGUGUGGGAAGGGGUUUCAGGCCAGCUCCCAUCUCCUCCAGCACUAUCGGAUUCACAGAGAGGAGAGGCCCUUCCAAUGCCCCGACUGCGGGAAGGGAUUCAAGGACAACUCCACCCUUGUCAAGCACCGGUGCAUCCACACUGGGGAGAGGCCCUAUGAGUGUGAUAAAUGCAGGAAGAGGUUUCAGACCAGCUCCUGUCUCCUCCGGCACUAUCGGAUUCACAGAGAGGAGAGGCCCUUCCGCUGCCCCGACUGCGGGAAGGGAUUCAAGCACAACUGCAACCUCAUCAGACACCGGCGCAUCCACACAGGGGAGAGGCCCUACGAGUGUCCCCGGUGUGGGAAGAGCUUCUCCAGCAGCUCUGACUUGACCCAACACCAAGCUCUGGACGAGACACGUCAGCCUCAAGCGAAGGUUCAGAUGCGGAAUUUAGUCACCAAACAGCAGACGGGCUGCACCCACAGCCAUCUGUCGGGCCAUGCCUCCUCCACGGAAAGGGAGGCCGGCGCCCUCUUCCCCUGUCCCAGCUUCCCCCGCAGGGGCAGGCCCGGGACAGCCCGAAAAACUUGGGGGGGAAACCACGCUGGGUGCAGGAGCAGCUGCGGGCUGCUCCGAGGGUCCUGUGGGUUCGGCGCCGUCUUCAGCAUCAUCCUGAACAGGCACUGGCUCGGUUUGAGGCGGCGGGGCCGGAGAGGGCGCUGGUGGACGCAGCAGGACAGCCGGGGGGGCGGUGCCGAGUCGCUGUUGUCGCCGAGGGCGUCUCCUACCUACAGCGACGCAGCCGCAGGGAGCGGUGUUUCUGAGCUCUCAGGCGCAGGCGUGGAAGCCGGUGAAGCCACGGGCAGGACACCCGGGGAGGCGGCCGCGGGGCGGAUCCAGGAGGAGGCCCUGCAGGCCUGGCAGGCGGGACUCGGAGACCGGUGCUGCCCCCAUCUCUGA